AUUAAACAUGACUUUACUAUGAAUGUUUACCUUUACAAUGUUUACCAUAUCAAUUAAUCACUUCAAUACUUUGGAGCUGUUCGUGGCACACAAUGAUUCCAAACGCGAAAUCAUUCUUUAUUUAUUUGUUUUUGUGUCUAAUAUUUCUGAAUAUAGUAAUUUCAAAGCGAAAUUACAAUCUUCUAAUAAGUGACACCAAAUGCACAUCAAAUCCAGAAUUUGUUGCAACGUACUCCUGUACGUUGGAGAAAUCUUCUAACUUUCCAAAAUCAAAUAUCGAAUUUCAAAUGAAAAAAGGAAUCAAGGAAUAUCGAGUGGACUUUUUAGUUUCUAUUCAUAAAUCAAACAAACAGAAGAGCACUAUUUUCAAGGCUGCUAACAUUGAUGGGUGUACCUUAUUACAACAGGAAUUUAACGAACCAAUUGUUAAGAUGUUUCAGAAAGUUUUGCUAGAUCCUAACAAUACAAUUCCCCGAACUUGUCCUGUUCCUUCGGAUUACCACUAUCAGAUGCAGAAUAUUGUUUUGGAUCAGGAAUUCCUCCCAGCGAUUUUACCAGAAGUUGGAUUUGUAAUUGAAAUUAUAAGUAAAGAAAAGAAAACAAUAUUCUUCAGUGUUGAAAUAACUGGUAAGAUAAAUUAUUUUAACAAGAAAUCUAAUAAAGGUCGUAAGCACUGA